AUGUGGGGUGAUCUCAUUAAAAAAGCAAAAGAGGGUGGCCUCAAUGCCAUUGAGACUUAUGUUUUUUGGAAUGCCCACGAGCCAUUGUACCGUCAGUAUGACUUCGAAGGAAAUAAAGAUCUAGUUAGGUUUAUCAAAACCAUACAAGAUGCGGGGCUCUAUGCCAUUCUUCGAAUUGGUCCAUACGUCUGUGCGGAGUGGAAUUAUGGAGGGUUUCCCGUAUGGCUGCACAACUUGCCCGGUGUAGAGUUGAGAACAAACAACACCGUUUAUCAGAACGAGAUGAAAACGUUUGUCACAUUGAUAGUAGACAUGAUGCAAAAGCAUGGUCUUUUUGCUAUCCAAGGUGGCCCAAUAAUCGUUGCUCAGAUUGAGAACGAGUAUGGAAAUGUGGAAUGGGCUUUUGGGAACAAUGGGAAGUCAUACAUCAAUUGGUGUGCACAAUUGGCCGAAAGUUAUGGCGUCCAAGUUCCAUGGAUUAUGUGUCAACAAAGCGAUGCUCCUUCACCAAUGAUCAAUACAUGUAAUGGAUAUUAUUGCGACCAAUUUUCUCCUAACAAUCCAAAGAGCCCUAAAUGGUGGACUGAGAACUGGUCUGGAUGGUUCAAGGAUUGGGGCAUGAAGGAUCCACAUAGGACUGCCGAGGAUCUUGCUUUUGCUGUGGCAAGAUUUUUCCAAUAUGGUGGAUCUCUUCAGAACUAUUAUAUGUACCAUGGCGGAACGAACUUUGAUAGAACAGCCGGCGGUCCCUAUAUCACAACAUCAUAUGACUAUGAUGCACCACUUGAUGAAUAUGGUAACUUGAAUCAACCGAAAUGGGGACAUCUGAAACGGCUCCAUGAACUGAUCAUGUCCAUGGAGGAGAUCCUUACGCAUGGAGUGAAGAGGGAUGUGGAUUACGGGAACAUGAUGUCGGGCACCGUGUACAUGUAUAAGGGGAAGCAAAGUUGUUUCCUGGGCAACGCGAACCAGAACCAAGACUUCACCGUCAAUCUCAUGGGGAGUAGUUACACGGUCCCGGCGUGGUCUGUCAGCAUCCUCCCCGAUUGCUACACCGAGGUCUACAAUACCGCUAAGAUUAACAGCCAACAGACAGUAAUGGUGAAGCUGCCGAACGAAGCCGACGAUCAGACAGAGCCCUACGAACUGCAAUGGGAUUGGAGGCCGGAGCAUCCUGAGAGCUUGCAUCACGGUGUUGCUAAAGGGAGCGUGACGACCGCAAAUGAGCUUUUAGAUCAAAAGACUGUCACUAACGACACUAGCGACUACUUGUGGUAUCUAACUAGUCUUGAUUUGAGCAAGGACGAUAGCCUCGCUGGCAAGGCGAUCACCUUACACGUCCACACCAACGGGCACAUCGUUCAUGCUUUUGUCAAUGGGAAGCACGUCGGGUCUCAAUGGGGCACGAGCGAUCAUUUGGAAUUCAUCAUGGAGAAAGACAUCAAGCUGAAGCACGGCAAAACUAACUCGAUCUCUCUCCUCAGUGUCACCGUCGGUUUGCAAAACUAUGGGGCCAACUUCGACACGGUUAAUGUUGGGAUUCACGGUCCGGUGAAGCUGAUAGGCAACAAAGGGCAAAGCGACGAGGUGACCGUGGACCUGUCGACCAACUUGUGGACGUACAAGGUGGGCUUGAACGGCAUGGAGGAGAAGGGGCUACAGCUGGACAACGCUCGUCACCAGCAUGGAUGGAAAUCUUACAAUCUCCCCUCGAACAGACUGUUCGUAUGGUACAAGACGACCUUCAAGGCUCCUUUGGGUAGCGACCCCGUGGUGGUGGACUUGCAAGGGCUUGGCAAAGGCACUGCUUGGGUCAAUGGCCACAACAUCGGCAGGUUUUGGCCGAGCUUCGUUGCUAGCGAGGAUGGCUGCACCGCCACCUGCGAUUACCGCGGAGCUUAUAACUCCAACAAGUGUUUGACCAACUGCGGAGAUCCUAGCCAAAGAUGGUAUCACAUCCCGCGCUCCUUCCUUCAAGACGACGGCAACAAGCUGGUACUCUUCGAGGAGUUUGGUGGCACCCCGCUCCACGUGAGGUUCCAGACCAUCACGGCCGGGACGAUCUGUGCCACCACUGACGAGAAGAAGCAGCUGGAGCUGUUGUGCCAGGGUGGGCGCAUCAUGUCGGAAAUCAAGUUCGCCAGCUUCGGCAAGCCGACUGGCGUCUGUGGGUCUUACGCAAGGGGUAGCUGCGAAGCUCCUAACACGCUCUCAGUCAUCCAGAAGCAAUGUCUUGGACAAGAAAGCUGUACACUUGAUGUUUCGGAGAACACAUUCGGACCGACCGGGUGCCACCAGAAUGUUUAUAGACUCGCUGUUGAAGCUACCUGCGAUUCUCCAUAG